AUGUCCGUGCUCGAGGCUGGUGAUGCCGACAGGACGACGAUGUCACCUCUGGACGAAGUCGUGUCCCCGACGAGCGUCGAGUCGGAACUGAUGGUCACCGACAUGUUGGACGAGCACGAGACCACGCUGAACGAACACAGGGACGGCAAGCGUAAGAGAGACACGGACGGCGACGAGCUUACGCCCAGGAAACUGCCGUCACUGACGAGGAACAACAACGACGUGGGCUUCGUUCUCGACGAGAGCGCCGAUGACGAUCUUCAUGAUGAUAGGGACGACGACCGUUUAACUGGUCACGGGGGCAUAUCCUCGCUGGGCGGCGGUAACUCGUCGCCGUAUUCCGGUGCCCAUCAUCAUGGUCACAGAGGGAACGGAAACGGCAGCGGGAUGCCCCAUCACGGCGGUGCCUCGUUGCCCACCGCCUCCGACUUCCAACCCCCGUACUUCCCUCCCCCGUUCCCCUCGCAUCACCAUGCGCCGGCGAGUCCUCAGCAUCCGAGCCUUGGCCAGCCGCAACAUCUCGAUUACCUCGUCGGCGACCCUUACACGCAGACGCUGAACACGUUACAUCAGCAUCAUUACAAUCACCUGAGCGCCGCCGUCACGGCUGGCCAGAGGAGCGGUGACCUGAGGAGGGAUGCGGAGGGAAUCCACGUGGCGAAUAUGCACACGUCGUUUCCAUACGACGGUGGACGCAGUAGCGGCGGAGGCGGUGGCGGUGGCGGUGGCGGCGGGGGCGGUGGCGGAAGGGGCGUUGAAUAUGGCGCCGUUCGCCGCCCCGAUGCCCUCCUACCACCCCCAGGCCUCGACCAGACCGACCUCGUUCUCCACAGCAGCCUCGUGGACGACCCCCAGGUGAGCGACGAUAACACAAACGUAGACGAUGGAGGCUUCAUGAACGACCUGCCUCUCCUAAAAAACAUGAAACCAUCAGACAGGAGCGAGAAGGCGAUGCUGAGUGGGAACGCGCAACCUUCGGACGUGUUCUGUUCAGUUCCAGGACGAUUAUCGUUACUAAGCAGCACCAGCAAGUACAAAGUUACGGUAGCCGAGGUACAAAGACGACUAUCGCCACCGGAAUGCUUAAACGCGAGCCUCCUUGGCGGAGUCUUACGGAGAGCGAAAUCCAAAAACGGCGGACGUUUACUUAGGGAAAAGUUGGAAAAAAUUGGACUAAACUUGCCAGCCGGUAGGAGGAAGGCCGCGAAUGUCACGCUCUUGACAUCAUUAGUGGAAGGAGAAGCCAUUCACCUUGCCAGAGACUUCGGCUACGUUUGCGAAACCGAAUUCCCUGCGAAACAAGUUGCCGAAUACCUCAGUCGGCAGCAUUGUGAACCGCAAGAUUCCUACAGGAGAAAAGAACUUCUUCAUGCCACCAAACAAAUCACCAAAGAGCUGAUGGAUCUUCUGAACCAAGACAGAUCACCACUUUGCAACACGCGGCCGCAACAUAUCCUCGACCCAAGCAUACAGAGACACCUAACGCAUUUCUCUCUCAUAUCACAUGGAUUCGGAAGUCCUGCAAUCGUAGCCGCUCUUACGGCAAUACAGAAGUUCCUAAGCGAGUCCCUGAAUCAUCUGGAAAAGAUGUACCCGGGGAACGGUAGCGGCGUGACAAGUAGUCAGCAGUCGAGCCUCGACACGAACAAGAGCAAGGACGGCACGUUGAUGAACGACAUGAAGAAGUGA